AGCACCGCGAAUCGCUACGAAAUGCAUCUUCAAACCGUCCUCGUUUGUGUUGUCCUCGCGAGUGCUUCUGUGACCGCUGCUCGCUGCAACCGCUAUCGUAAUCAAAAGUAUUGUGGUUGGUUCAACGAUCGUAUUGAGAUAUUCCAACCCCAAGGGCUAAGGGUAACGCAACCGACCUCCCGCGGCUUGGUGUCGUUUGGCAUCGAAGUGUACCUCAACCAAUUUGCCCGGGGCAAUGCCGUCGGCUGUGAUGUUUGUGCCAAUGCAACCAUUGUGCAGCCGAGCGACAAAAACGUGAUUCUGUUCCAUCCGACGGCAAUAAUCCGGGCGAAAGAUCACUUUCGAUACGUGAUCACCAAACACUAUCGAUCGGGCGCUGUUCGGCGGUAUCGCUGCGCAUUCCAUGUGGCGCAAUCCCGUGUUGGCUACCUUCCUACAGUUGCUAAAUCGUGCUUCGGGGCAGGACCUGAUGCAGCCCAAUCCCAUUUGCCAGACGACAACGUGCGGCUAAAAAAUGAUAAACGUCUGCUGGAACAGAUCAUACAAGACCACAGCGGCCAGUGUGAUCAGCUUACAAAUAUGCUCAUUGUGGCCGAUUCAAAGCAAACCGAUUCGCAGAGAGAACUGGUGGAAUAUGUUCGUGAUCGGCUCGAAUCGAUGUGGCCUGCCAUUGCGUGGUCUGACGUGCUUGGCAAAAUCUAUCGGUCCGACGAAGGGAUAGUCUUGGUGCUGCGAUCGCUGAUCGAGAAGAAGCGAAUUCUUCAUCUUUGCCAGGGGACAAAUUAUGUCUCCGACUACGAUAACUUACCGCCUCCGUCAUGGGACGACGAUGGGGAUGAUUACGAAGACGAAGCUACCACUAAUUCCCCGGAACUGAUGUGACUUCGAAGAACGAAG